GUUGUCAAUCAUUGUUAUUAUAGCUCAAGUUCUUACAUGUUUCUCUCUUGUAUUUUACCCCGCCUUGCCUUUAAGAGGAAACUUUCAAACUUGGAAAGAAGAUCCCUAAAGACAAAAUCGUUCCUGAUCAUGAUCAAUGUGUCUGCUCUUCUUGGAGCUUGCUAUUUCUUCAUGAGGCACAACUGGUACUGUGAAACUGGGGUCUAUACUUUGUUUGCCCUCUGUGAAUAUAUUGCUGUGCUAACGAAUAUGGGCUUUCACAUGACAGCGUACUGGGACUUUGCCGACUAUCAGCUAAGAAUUUAUUCUGAUUGGAUUGAUAUUAGCAAGGUCAGGUGUAACAGUGCUCUUCAGUUAAAUAUAUAAGAGGUGUUGUAAAAAAAUUUAACGUU